AUGACGCCUUCCUCCGCCGGCGACACGAGGCUGACGGAGCUGACGAAGGCGUCGGCAGUGGUCGGUGGUGCCGUUGAUUUAUGUUAUGGGAAUAUUCUGUGCUUCCAAUGUGGUGAUUAUGUAUAUGACAGAGAGUUGUUAAAAGUGGCAAAAGCACAAUGGAGCGAGUUGGCAAAAUCCUUGAGCUUCGGAGAAUUCUAUCGUGCAUGGGAACCCACGCAGACAGAGGCGGAGUUGCUGAGAAAUCAUCCGCGGCGAAGACGCGUCGUAGAAAAUUCCACUAUAGGUUUAAGAGGACUCAUCAAUCUCGGAAAUACUUGUUUCGUAAAUUGCAUCGUACAGGCGCUUAUUCACACUCCACUAUUACGAGAUUACUUCCUUGCUGACCGUCAUCACUGCCCGCAACCGAGUCUCUGUUUGGUCUGCGAGGUAUCUCAUUUGUUCCAAGAGUUCUAUUCCGGCAACAAGGCUCCAUUGACGCUUCACAAACUUCUCCAUCUGAUUUGGACUCACGUCAGACAUCUAGCAGGUUAUGAGCAGCAGGAUGCUCAUGAAUUCUUCAUUGCUACACUGGAUGUCCUUCAUAAACACUGCGAAGCCACUACGAUUCUGGUUAAAGACAACCCUCAUCACUGCAAAUGUAUCAUUGAUCAAAUAUUUACUGGGUGCCUUCAAAGUGACGUUGUUUGUCAGGCUUGCAAUGGUGUGUCAACAACAAUAGAUCCAUUUUGGGACAUAUCUUUAGAUCUAACUUCGGCAGCUAGUACCUCUGGUUCUAAUACACCCGGGGCACCCACUUCCUUGCUAGAUUGUCUGGAAAAAUUUACCAGAGCCGAGCAUUUAGGUUCUAGUGCAAAGAUCAAAUGUAGCAACUGUGAGACUUAUCAAGAAAGCACAAAGCAAUUAACGAUGAAGCAAUUGCCGAUCGUGGCGAUCUUUCAUCUAAAGCGCUUUGAACACUUCAUAAUUCAAGAUAAGAUUUUUAAAAAGAAGAUCUCUACAUUUAUCUCGUUCCCGGAACAACUAGAUAUGACGCCAUUCAUGUCGCAUAAACGCAACGGUAACAAUAACAGCGCUAUGCUGAAUGGCUUGUCGAAAAACGGAGAAGAUAUGAGUUUCAGUGACAAUAGGUACUCUCUGUUUGCCGUAAUAAAUCAUGAGGGUUCUUUAGAGACUGGACAUUAUACCGCUUUCAUCAGACAACAGAGAGAUCAAUGGUUCAAGUGCAAUGAUCAUUUGAUUACACGAGCCAAGUUGAAGGAUGUUUUGACCAGCGAAGGAUAUCUCCUGUUUUAUCACAAGCAAAUUUUGGAAUAUGGUUAAAAUGAUAAAGUCUGAAACAGAAAAGAAGAUGUGAAUCAAGUCAUGUAAUUAAUUUAUUUAACAAAGAAUUUAAAAAUCGCUACUGAAGCUAGACGUCAGUGACACUUUAUGUUUACCGAAUAUAAAUUAUUGUCACUGUCACUUUAUGGUUUCCGUUGGCGCCUUUUGUAUACGAUAAGGUGUGUUGUCUGACAUUCCCGGUCGACAUCUACAUGAAUGUAACGUAAGCAUAGACAUUAAGUUUAGCUCAAUUUUUUUAAAUCGACCGAUUGUAAUUUUUGUAUACUGCUGAUCGUUGAUAUACUUCUACUUUGACAUUUAUGUUAUAUAUAAGACGCUCCAUGUCAAUCAGAUCACCUGCGUGCCCAGAAAUCAGCGCAACAAAAAUUAACGUUUAAAGUCUCAUAUUAUUCAUAUACGUAUAUACUUUCUAAAAAAAAAUGUUUUGAAAAAUGAAUUAUGGUAGAUCCAAUAUGGCAUCGAGAAACGAUGCCAUACGCCACAUAAA